UGGGGGGAAUCAGAAAGGGCUCCUUCAGGCAUCUGAACAAGUCUGGACUGUUCUGCUCGUGUUCAGCUAGGCAGCCUCUGGAAUCAGAAACAAUUCGUUUCCUUCUGCAUGGAUGCAGCGACAGGAGUUGGAUCCAUGAGCUGCAGCGGAUGAUCCUGGAGUACAACUGCGCUCUUUUUAGUUAAACUGGACACCGCUGACUGGGGAUACUACCGCGUGUCCUGACAGUGCACACUCACACACGCACGCACACACACACACACACACACACACACACACACACACACAGACACACACGCACACACACACACAACUGGGCAUGCCACAGGUGGAGCGGUGAGGAGCGGCAGGUUGUGGCCCCGGUGCACGGAGCAGAGGUCUCCUCCAACCCCCCCCCAGGUUGUGAAGAUGUGGAACUGGUUUUUCACUGUGACUGUCCUGCUGUCCUCAAUGAAAAGGAUUGAAGCUCAGGGCAGGUGUAGUAAUGUGCAAGCAGCAGAUAUUGUUUUCCUGGUUGACGGGUCUUCCAGCAUCGGCCGUGCUCACUUCCUGCAGGUGAAAGGCUUUAUUGCUGGGGUCAUCAAGCCGUUCGCCAGCUCUGUCAGCGAGUCAGGGAUACGGUUUGGGGUCAUACAGUACAGCGACACCCCAAGGGUUGAAUUUACAUUUAGCACCUACCUGGUUGGCACCGACCUGGUCAACGCUGUAGAGAGUCUGAACUAUAAAGGAGGGAACACGCGGACUGGUGCUGGUCUCAAGUUUGUCGCUGAUAACUUCUUCAAUCCUACGAUCAGUCGGGAUGUACCAAAGAUCACUGUCCUCAUAACAGACGGAAAGUCACAGGACAGCGUGGAAGAGCCAGCACAGAAGCUGCGCAGUCAAGGAGUCCAUGUUUUUGCAGUUGGUAUAAAGAGCGCCGACAGGAAGGAAUUGGCUCAGAUUGCCUCCCAGCCCAGCAGUGAUUUCACCUCCUUUGUUGGAGACUUCAAACUGCUGAACACACUUCUUCCCCUUGUGAGCCCUAAAGUUUGUUCCAAAGCCGGAGGGGUCUAUGCUAACGAUGAGGCCUUUUCUGGUCCGUCCAACAUUCAGUUCACCAGCCAAACGUCUGAUGCUCUGCGGUUUCGCUGGGCUGCGGCAGGGGGACCUUUGACUGGCUACUUGGUCCAGUAUGUGCCACUCUCUGGUCUGGGUCAACCAAUCACAGCAGAGCUGCGUCAGGAGACUGUGUCUGCCAGUCAGAGGAGCUUUACCGCACAAGAGCUGAGGUCUGGAACCGACUACCUGGUGACUGUCAUUGCUCAGUACCCCAACAGUGUUGGGGAGUCUGUGUCUGCCAAGCAACAAACCAGGUCUUUGCCAGCGGCCACCAGCCUGCGCCUGGUCCAGGCAGGCUUCUUCUCUCUCUCUGUGGGCUGGGACCGGCCUUCGUCUCCUGCGCGGGGCUACAGGAUCACCUACGGACCACGAGGUCAGCCGGCAGCUCAGUUGUUGGAGCAGUCUCUGUCGGCAGACUCCACUUCUGUCACCUUGGAGUCACUUCAGCCCGACACAGAGUACGUCGUCAGCCUCUAUCCCCUGUUCCCCCGAAACACUGCGUCCCCGUCCAUCCUCAACGCCCGCACAUUGCGCCUCGAGGCUGUGCAGCAGCUGUCAGUGGAGACGGUGUCGGAGGGCAGCGUUCGGGUGCGGUGGAGAGGUGUCAAUGGUGCACGGGCCUACCGACUGGUCUGGGGACCGAUUACAGGUCGGAAUGUCGAGACAGUGGAGAUUGCCGAUGAGUUUCACACUUUGUCCAGACUGCAGUCUGACACCGAGUACAUCGUCACCAUCAUCCCGUUGUAUGACGGCAACACUGAGGGCCCCGUGGCCACCGCCAGCUUUAAGAUAGAUCGUCAGGAGCAGCAGGUUCUCAGAGCAGCCACCAUCGGACCCUCCUCUAUUCGCCUCACUUGGAGAAUCAUUGAGUCAUCUCAGGGGUACCGCCUGGAAUGGAGGGCUGGGGAAGGAGGCCGUAUCCAGAGCCUACCUUUUUCUAGAACGACUUCAAGCCAUGAGCUCACAGGUCUUCAACCUAACACAGAAUAUAUCAUCACCCUCUAUACGCUGUUCGAAGGCCGUGAAGAGGACACACCUGUCACCUUUGUAUCCAACGAGGAACAGCCAGUGGGGAGGGUGUCCAACCUGAGAGUUGUGGAGUCCCUGGGCAGCACGGUGAGGCUCGGCUGGACAGGCGUCGCCGGGGCAACACAGUACCGCAUCAGUAUCCUGAACACAGAAGCGGGGUCAGAGGAAACACGGCGUAUUCCUGGUAACCAGACGACCCUUGACCUCAGAGACCUGAUAGUUGGCGUGCCUUAUGGUGUCAUUGUCGUAGCGCUAGUUGGAGAAAAUGAAGGGGACCCAGUUACUGUUUACAUCAAACCAGAGCAAGAUGUUGGCAGAGUGACUAACCUUAGAGUGACAAACGCAAACAGUCGGAGAAUUCGAAUUGCCUGGGCAGGUGCUACAGGGGCAACAGGUUACAGGGUUACUUGGAGACAAGGCAACAAUGCAGAGCAGGCCCGUGUCCUUGGCGCGGAGGUCACAGCCUUCACCAUCGACGGCCUGCAGCCAGACGAGGCGCUGGUGAUUGGUGUGGCUUCCAUGCUCGAUCAACGGGUUGGAGAGGUGGUCACACUGUCUAGUCGAACCAAUCCAAACGGUGGAUCAGUGGCUGGCCUCCGCAUCGUUGACGUUACAUCGCAGAGGAUACGCAUUGCAUGGUCGCGUUCCACCAGGGCGACUGGCUAUAAGGUCACAUGGCGCCGCGCUGAUGGUGUCCAAUCAACUAAUAACGUGGCCGCAGAUGUCUCUUCCUUCACCAUUGAUGGGCUGCAGUCAGAUUCCGCCUACAACAUACUAGUUUCUUCACUGACUGGCACUCGAGAGGGAAGUCCUUCCACCCUGAGUGUCAGAACAGAGUCGGAUCCCUCUGUGGUCGGGAGUGUGACGUCCCUGAAAAUCCAGGAGGGCCGUGGAGAGGUUGUCCGAGUCUCUUGGGUCGGUGUGCAGGGAGCGACGGCUUAUCGGGUGUCUUGGAAGAGAACGGAUGGUGGUGAAGAGAGGAGUCAGCUGGUGGGGGGAGACGUGACAGCAGUGGAUUUGGACCAGUUGGACCCUGGAGCCCAAUAUGUGGUGCAGGUCAUGGCUUUAGUUCAGAACAGGGAGGGAACCCCUGUGUCUGUCAGAAUCACCACACCUGGGAACCCCUCCCCCCCAGUGGCCACCAUAACCGUACGAGUGGCAGAGGUUACCCGGAAUUCUAUGCGGAUUGGUUGGAAUCCAGUCGCUGGCGCCACAGGAUACAUUCUACGCUGGAGGGAGGAGACAGAGGUUGGCGGAGGCCUGUCUGUCACGCUCCCUGCUGCGUCCAGCUCUUACCAGGUGACGGGGCUGCGUUUGGGCCGCCGUUAUCGCUUUACAGUGCAAGCCACCUUUCCAAAUGGGUUUGGAACUGAGAGCUCCGUUGUUGAACGCACAACAGUUUGUGUGGGCGGGCGUCUGGACGUGGUGUUUCUGGUUCCAGCAUCCACUGACCGGAUUAGCAUCGCGAGACCUCUGCGCGAACUGCUGACGAGUGCAGCAGGCUCGCUGGAAACCAUCGGACCCGGCGACUCUCAGUUGGGAAUUGUAGUCUAUGGUUACAGACCCAAAUUAUGGUUCCUGCUUAAUCGCCAUGGCAGGUCUGACACACUUCUCCAAGAGAUCCUGUCCACGCCAUUUGACGAAAGUCCCGGGAACAACAUUGGUGAGGCGGUGAGAUACACCAGGCAGUACCUUCUGACCCCCUCAGCUGGACGGAGGCCGAGGGUCCCCGGUGCUGUCGUCAUCAUUGCUGACAAAACAUCAGCGGACAACCUGACUCUCGCAGCCAACAGUCUCAGGGCUACAGGUGUGACAGUGUUGGCUGUUGGUACGGACCAGGCGAACACCGAGGAGCUGCGUCGGGCAGUGACUGACGGCAGCACCCAGAACGUCCUGUUUGUCCGUGAUGCUUCACAGUUGGACACCGUACAUAGUGAUCUUGCAGACCUGCUCUGUGGCAUCGCCAGAAUACCAGACGUAGGUCCAGGUCCAGAGCCAUGCACCGUUCAGUGUCCUCAGGGUGAAAGGGGAUAUCGUGGAGAGAAGGGUGAGAGAGGCAGAGACGGUGCAGAUGGGACCAAGGGAGAUCCUGGCCGUGACGGUCUGCCUGGGAGAGAAGGCCCCAGAGGACCUGAAGGACGCCCAGGUGCACCGGGCCAAACUAUCCCUAUUGACCCCUCAUUGGGGGUGAAAGGUGAAAAAGGGGAAAGAGGUUUUCCUGGCAUCGAUGGAAGUGCAGGUUUGCCAGGACGGCCAGGCUCACCUGGAAACACAGGGGUCCCGGGCUCACAGGGCCUGUCCGGAGUCAGAGGAGAUCCAGGCCAACCAGGUGGGAUAGGUCCACUGGGUCCAAAGGGGACUAAAGGUGAAAGGGGUGAACCAGGCUCCGUUAUAUCAGGAGGGGGUCUUCCUGGGAGGAAAGGAGAGGCAGGCAUCCCUGGAAUACCGGGUACUCCUGGUCGGCCAGGCAUCGAUGGGACCAAAGGAGCCUCUGGAGCUCCGGGUACACCUGGUCAGGAUGGUCGCCCGGGUUUAUCAGGAACGCCGGGACUCUCCAUCAAGGGAGACAAGGGCAGCACAGGAGAUAGGGGACCUCCAGGAGUUGGAAGUGGGGUGGCCGUGAAGGGCGAGAAAGGCUCCCCAGGUGACGUAGGACCUCCAGGAGCUCAGAGUCCUCGAGGCCCAUCAGGACCUCAAGGCAGCAAAGGAGACAAGGGCGAUAAAGGCGAAGGCGUUCCUGGACUUACUGGCAGGCAAGGAGACCCUGGGGACAGAGGUCCCCGUGGGCCUCCAGGUGAAAGUGGUACUAAGGGUGACCGAGGACAGCCAGGUGAGGCUGGAUUGCAGGGAGACAGGGGGGAGCGAGGACCAGCUGGUGAAACUGGGGCGAGAGGUGACUCAGGGAAGCCGGGCCUCGCAGGAGCAACAGGGUUAAGAGGUUUACCGGGACCCAGUGGACCGGCAGGAGAAAAGGGAGCCGAGGGCGCACGAGGGGAGCCUGGCAGAAGUGCUCCAAGUUUUCCAGGGAAGAAAGGGGAACAGGGGGACCGAGGCCUGGCUGGUAAUGAUGGGGCGAGGGGAGACAAGGGCGACGCCGGACAGAAGGGGGAGAAAGGGUCUUCAGGGUCAGGAGGGUCAGCUGUUGGAGUUAAAGGAGAGCCGGGAGAGAGAGGACUUGCUGGUAUCAAUGGAAGACCGGGCGCCAAGGGAGAUCAAGGUGAUCCUGGAGAGCGUGGGGACAAUGGCAGGCCAGGAAUCGCAGGGAAGCCUGGUCUCGCUGGGAAAGAGGGAGAAAGAGGAGAGAAGGGUGAUGAAGGCACACCUGGGGAGUCUGGUCCUCCUGGGAAGCAAGGAGAACGAGGACUGAGGGGACUGGCUGGUCAGCCGGGUCGACCGGGAGAAAAAGGAGACGCGGGAGACCCAGGAGAGCACGGACGAAACGGCAGCCCUGGACCCGCAGGACCCAGAGGAGAGAAAGGAGAACUGGGACCCCAAGGCCUUCCAGGACCACCAGGAAAAGUGGCUGACAUUAAGGGCCAGUUGAGAGGAGAUCGAGGAGAGAAGGGAGACAGUGGGGACCCGGGAGAGCACGGCGGCAAAGGUCAGAAAGGUGAAGCCGGCACUCCUGGAGCCCCAGGCCUACGGGGUCCCGAGGGACAGCGGGGACCCGCAGGCACAAGAGGCGACACAGGAGACAGAGGAGCGCCUGGAGAGAAGGGGGAAAGGGGAACAUCUGGCUUGGAUGGACGUCCCGGUCUGGAUGGUAAACAAGGUGCUGCUGGACCACCUGGUCUGAGGGGUGAUCCUGGGAAGCAGGGUGAUCCUGGAAGAGACGGUUUACCGGGACUAAGAGGGGACCAGGGCCCCCCGGGGCCUGUUGGGCCUCUGGGCACCGCAGGGACACCUGGUAAAGCAGGUGAAAAUGGCAAACCUGGUUCUCCUGGCAAAACGGGCGAGGACGGUGUGCCAGGUGAAGAUGGGAGAAAGGGUGACAAAGGAGAUUCAGGAGCUGCAGGAAGAGACGGCCGAGACGGGCAGAAAGGAGAGCGGGGUCUUGCUGGUUCUGUCGGACCCUCUGGCCCUUCCGGGCUCCCUGGAGUACCCGGCAGCAUUGGUCCUCCUGGACAGGUGGUGUACGUUAAAGGAGUUGAAGCGGCACCGAUCCCCGGCCCCCAGGGGCCCGCGGGAACCCCUGGCGUGCCUGGGAUCCCUGGAGCUGUGGGACUCCGAGGAGAAAGAGGCCCAACUGGCCUGAAAGGUGAAACUGGAGACCCAGGAGAGGACGGAACGCCUGGCAAACCUGGCACAGCAGUGGAUGUGCAAAGGGCUCUGGCCAAUCUAGGGAUUCAGGUGUUGGAUCUAAAGGCCAUUGUGGACAAGAAGGACAUACCACUGACUCCUAUAGUGCAGAGGGCAGUGAAAGGGGACAAAGGAGACGGUGGUGAACCUGGACCGAGAGGGCCAUCUGGAGCCGACGGUUCCCGUGGUUUUCAAGGAGAGAGAGGAGCCAAAGGGGAUCAAGGAGAGCGAGGACUCACGGGAGCCACUGGACCUCCGGGUAGAGCCAUUGGAGAGCGAGGGCCGGUGGGACCCCCGGGGCCCCCCGGAGAUUCAGGCAAACCAGGAAUACCGGGAGUUCCUGGGCGAGUUGGUGAACUAGGAGAGGCUGGAAGGCCAGGAGAGAGGGGAGAUAGAGGAGAGAAAGGGGACAAAGGAGACGCUGGUAAAGUCGGGCUUACAGGAAUGGCCGGCCCACCUGGUCAAAAGGGAGCAUCAGCUGACUCUGUACUAAUUGGUACACCUGGAACCCGAGGGCCUCCAGGGGGUAUGGGACAGAAAGGAGAAGCCGGUGCUACAGGAUCACCUGGACCUCCAGGAGAACGGGGUUUUGCAGGCUCUCGCGGUGACAAAGGAGACAGAGGACAGUCUGGAGAAACAGGACGUGAUGGCUCGCAGGGAUCACCAGGAGAACCAGGAAAACCAGGUCAGGAUGGUAAACCGGGCCUGCCUGGGUUCCCAGGAGUUCUAGGCAGACCGGGAAACCCCGGAGAGCCUGGAAUUAGAGGGCCGACUGGCCCCAUGGGUCCCAACGGGCUUCCAGGUCCAGCAGGUGUGAAGGGCAAUCAAGGAGAGCCAGGCUUUGGUGUCAAGGGUCCUCCCGGGGCCCAGGGGAGCACAGGUCUGCCGGGACCAAUAGGUGCCCCUGGAGCUGUAGGUCCACAGGGCGCUCCAGGACUGUCGGGGCAGGUGGGGGAAUCGGGUAAACCAGGAGUCCCUGGAAGAGAUGGGGUGCCUGGGAAAGAAGGAAUACCUGGAUUACCAGGAAAGCAGGGCAUUGCUGGACCUCCAGGCCAGGCAGGCUUAAAGGGGGAGCAGGGAGACAGCGGCCCUCCAGGGAAGUCUGUGGCUGGACCCCCUGGAUCCAAAGGAGAGAGGGGUCUUAGUGGUCAAACACUCCCAGGCACAACUGGAGAGAGAGGUCUGCCUGGGGAAAAGGGUAACAGGGGAGACAAAGGAGCUGCUGCCAGCAAGGGAGAGAGAGGAGUGGAUGGGGAACCAGGAGAGCCUGGAGAAGAUGGGUCACAGGGAUCGCCGGGGCCAAAAGGAGAUAAGGGAGAGAAGGGCAUCGGACUGCCAGGUCCUCCUGGUCAGGUUGGGCCUCAAGGCUUGAAGGGCGAUCAAGGCCUUCCUGGUCCAGCUGGUCCUCCGGGGCUUCAGGGCAAGUCUGGUAUUGCUGGGCAGCCUGGCCUGAGAGGAGAAACUGGACCACAAGGACCUGCCGGGCCACCAGGGGAGAGGGGUCUCCAGGGCUUUUCAGGCCGUGCAGGAAAUGCCGGACCCCCUGGACCUGCUGGUCCUCCUGGACAGGCAGGCUCUCCCGGUACCAACGGCUUCAAAGGGGACAAGGGGGAGGGUGGCAUUGGAGUCCCCGGUCCCAGAGGAGAGAGAGGAGAACCAGGCCUGAGAGGAGAGGAGGGCCGCGCCGGCUUGGAUGGAGAGAGGGGGCCAUCGGGUCCUCCGGGGAACCGUGGUGGUCGAGGAGAGAAGGGGGACAUUGGACUGCAAGGUGACAAAGGAGAGAAGGGGGACACGGUGCUGGUGGGAGGACCUGCUGGAGAAAAGGGCGCUAAAGGAGAAACAAGUGACAGAGGACCCAAAGGCGUGCAGGGAGAAAAAGGUGUAAAAGGUCAAGACGGCCCUGUAGGGGAGCAGGGUCUGCGGGGGGAGCCGGGAGAAAGAGGAUCCAUUGGAUUCCCAGGGGCCCGAGGCCCCGGUGGACAAAAGGCGAGUAACGCUGAGCAUGGAUGGUUGUUGUGA